CUCCUCGCCCCCCCCCCCACCCCGCCUCCGCCCCAGAGAAGCCGCUGAGGAAACUGAGGCUCAGAAGCGGAAGAGAAUUACCCACCACUUGGCUCCCUGUGUCUCCCACCUCCUUGAGUCUCGGCGCCCUCUCUCCCCCGUUUUCUGACUCUCUGAUUCCCAAUCUCUCCUUACCGCUUUGCCUAGUUCCCUCUCUCUCUCAUUCCCAGUCUCUCUCCCUCUCUCUCUCUCUGAUUCCCAGUCUCUAUCCCUCUCUGUCUCUCUCCCUCUCUGUCUCUCUCCCUCUCUGAUUCCCAGUCUCUCUCUCUCACUAGUUCUCUCUCUCCCCGUCUCUCUGUCUCUCUAUCUUUGUCUCUCUCUCUCUCUCUCCUCCCUCCCACUCUCUGGAUCUCAUUCUCCCUGCAUCUCUCUCUCUCCAUCUUUUUUCUCUGUCUCCCCUGCUUCUCUGUCUCACGCACACUUCCUCUGCCGCAUCAGUUUCUCUGACACACGCAUCGUCCUCCCUGCACGGAUUUCCCUCACACUGUGUUCUAGUUUCCUUCAUUCACACUUUCUUGAUCAGGUCCUUCUUUUCAUUCUCUCUUCCUGCUGGUCCUCCUCCUCUUCCUUCUCCUCCCCCCACUUCUGAUCUGUCUCCAUCUUCUGUCCAUUUUCCCGUCUCUCCACACCUACCCGCUCACAGGUUUUCUUCCUUUCACCCUUGUCUUUCACCCUGAUCCUCAUAGUUUCUUACUCUUUAAUACACACACACGCGCGCGCGCGCGCGCGCGCGCUCCUCCCCUACCCCAUUUCUCUUCCUUAAACCGCAUUUUAUCCUUCUUUCACACCUGCCUCCGCCCCAACCCCAGCUCGACUCCCCUGCCCUGUGGCUCUCAGCCUCUCCGAGAGCCUGUCUGCUUUUCCUUCUGCUAACGCCUCCCCCUCCCUUCUUGGCUCCCACCCCGACCAUCCUCCCGUCUCUGAUGGGGACGGGUGUGGAGUCCCCAGUCCUGGGCUUCCCGUUCUGGGCCUUGGCUCUCGGGUCUGCCUUCCGCUCCCCGCUCCCGGCUGCUGCUCUGGGUGUCGCCUCUCUCCACCCCGUCCCCUUCGCCGAAUUGCUAUCCCUCACAUUUACAUCUCACACCAGGCUCUCCUGCGCGUCCCAUCUCCCCCCGCGGGGGCUCCUACUUCCUUCCCCUCCUAUCCUAGCUCUCACUUGGUUUCCCCUGCAUCUUCUUUCAUUGGUUUUGUACUCCUGGCUCUUUCCUCCUCCAUCUUCUCUCCCCCUCCCCGCCCCCCUCCCGGCGCUGCCCUUCCCGCCACCCCGUCCUCACGCCCUCCCUUCCCUAGGGUGAGGGCCCAACUCCCCCCUCGUUCCUCACCGCUUCCGUCUCUGUCUCUCUGUCUCUCAAGGUCUCUCCCUCCCCCACCCUCCCCGUCCCUGUCCCCCUGUCCCCUGUCCCUGUCUGACUCCCGCAGCUGGGGAGGCCCCUCUGGUAACUGACGGGGUGGGGACGGGUGUCUCCACGUGCUGGUGGUAUUUUUAUCCUGUCUCGGAACAGACGGUCCUGUGAUUAAUGUUUCACAGUUUACGGAAUUCAUUUCAUGUCCUGCCAGGUCCUGGGACCAUCAGCUGCACAUUUUUGUCCGUCUGCAGCGCAUCGUUAACUGGGACACGGGGACACUGUCCUGUGACUUGGUGCAGUGAAACUCGGGAGGUGGCAAACCUUCCCUUGCCUCUCUCCCUGCCUUCUCCUUUUCCGAGCCCCGUUCCUUCUCUCCCUCCUUUAUUCACCUGGCUCUUUCCUGUCACACCUUGGGCUUUGUUCUGUCUCUGUUUCCCAGCUGCCACUCUUUUCUCUCCCUCAGUCACCACAUGUCCUUGGGGUGGCUGCCCAGGCUUCAAGGAGGGAGACAGGUCCUCUGUGGGCCGGGCUGGGGUCCGAGGAGCCGCCGCUCACCCCUCGCAGCGUCUCCUGGCCUCGCGCUGUCGCCUAGUCUUGCCUCCCUUUCCGCUCUUCUCAUUCCCUCCAUGUUCCCCGCUCCCUUCUUUCCACCACAUUCCUCCCGGCUGGCCUCCAUCCACCCUCUCCACAGCCUGGACCUCCCCUCCCUCUGCCCCUCCCCUUGGCCUCCAAGAGUGUGUGUGUGGCCCUGGCAGGAUCCCUCUUUCCCUGCUUCUGUGUUUGCACCUCUCUCUCCCCUUCCCUCCUCCUCUCCCCGCUCCCUCCAUCUUUUUCUCUCCCCUUUCCUCCUCUCCCACUCUCGUCUGCCUCUCUCCAUCCCUCUCCAAGCCCAUCUCUCCCACAUCCAUUGUCUCUCUCUCUCUCUCUCACACCCACAAACACACACACUCACUCAUUCACUCACUCCCUCACUCUCUCUUCUCAUCUUCUGCCAUCUCCCUGCCAUCCUUCUCUCUCCCCCCGGGUCUCUCCUCCCCUUCUGUCUCCCCAACUCCCCAUCUCUCCCUCUUUCCUCCCCAGAUGUCUCUGAGUCUCUCCUCGUCUCCUCCCCUCCCUCUCAGGUCUGUCUCCGGCGUGGUUCUCGCCCCUCUUCGGCCCAUCUCUUCUCUCCUCCAGCCUCCCUCUUUUCUUUCCCCCCCUCCCAUAUCUCUGCCCCUGGCUUUCUCUCCUCUCCUCUCUCCCUUCUCCUACUUUAUCUUGUUUUCUCUCCUUUCUCCUCUGCAUCUUUCCUUUCUUCUACUUGUUCCCUUCCACCCUGCCCCCUGCCAGUUUGCCCCUUUUUUCUCUCUUCUUUCAAAAGCACUUCCUCUCCUCCGUCGCUUCCUCUUGUCUCAACGCCUCCUCCUCCUCCCUCUCUGCCUUCCGUUUCCUCUUCUGUCUUCUCAUCCUCCUACUCCUCCCUCUGUGCCCCCUGCCUGUCCCAUCUCAGUCUCUCCACUCCCUCUGUCCCCUUCCUCUCCCUUCUUUCCUUCUUUCUCCUCCCCUCUCUCUGACCCUCUCCCUUCUCGUCCCUCCCUGUCCCUCCAUGGCACUUGGCCCACCUGCCUUUUCCUCCUCUCUCUCCUCUCUGCCCACUUCUCUCAGGGCCUCCCUCCAUCUCUGUUCAUCCCAUUUUUCUGCCUAUUCUCCCCUCUGAGUGGCCCUCUCUCUCCUCCUUCUAGUUUCCCUGCCCUUCCUCUCCCCUCCUCUCUUCCUUUCUCCCAUCCAUCUCUUCUCUCUCCUCUCCUCGCUUAAUGUCCUUUCCUUCUCCUCGCCCCUCCUCUUUCCCACUCUCUCCAGUUUCUUUUCUAGCCCCUCCCACCUUCUUUCCAUCUCUCUCCCUCUUUUCUUUCUCUCCUCUCCCAAUCUGUCAUCUCAUCUCCUCUCUCUCUCUGUCUCGGGAGGUCCCUGCCCUGAGCGGCACCCCCCUCCCCCGCGUCCUCACCCUGAGGGCUCCAUGGGCUCCUCUCGCGCCCUUGGGGCUCUGAGGUUUCCAAGUUCUGAGCUUAUGGUGGAGUGGACCCAAGGAUCCCAGGGCUGGGCCGUCAAGCCAGAGUCCCCAAGGUGGUAGGAACUUUGUGACAUCCAUUUUCUCUCUCUUUUCUGUCUGCCCUGGACUCUGGACACUGCCUGGAGGAAUCAGGCCAGCCUCAGGCCCAGGAAGGAGGAAACAAGGAACAGGCUCAGAGGCAGGGAGCAAGUUGCCUGAAGACACACAGCACGCAGCAUGAAGCACAGCAGCAGCUGGAAGGACCUCACCUGACCCCACUUCACAGAUGAGAAAAUAGGCGCCCAGUGUUCCUGAAGACCAGCUUCUGCUGGGACACAGACCUCACGGGAACCCCAACCUUUCUUUCCAAAGGACCGACAGCACCCCCUCUAGGGCCCUCCUCUCCGCUGAGACAGACCAGAUGGGUCAACAUGACGCCUGACCUCUCCCAGCACCACCUGAGAGGCAUUCUCAGACUGGGUGUGAUCUUCCAUCGCCACCUACUGGCAAAGGACAAAAUUGCAACCCAGCUCUAAUAGCCACUGGGAGUGACCCUGACAACAAAAGACAGUGCCUGGGGGUGGGGGGAGAGGCAAGGGAGAAUUUGCAAAAUUCUGUAAAAAUUAAAAACUUUACUCCUAACCAAUAUAUAAACAUCAUAC